AUGGAUUCAACGCAAACACCACCCCGGCUCUUACUCCGAAAGAACGGGCGGCCGCAGGCUUGUGAGCCGUGCCGAAAACGCAAAGUAGCCUGCGAUCACUCGCAACCAAUAUGCAACAGAUGCAGAAAGUCGAAGCGUCCCGGGGAGGUGUGCGAGUACAUCCUCGGUGACAGUCCAGCAACAUCAAACGAAACUCCAAGGCAGACCCGGCCGAGAGAGCAACGUCGUGCUUCCAGAGCGCCGUCUAUUCCCCUGACUUCGAACUUUCAGCCCACCGUCAUACCGAUAUCGCAAUUAAGUCCAAGACCAACGGCGGUAUCGCGGACGGCAUCAACGGCAACAGCGACAACCUCGCCCGCGAGAUCCACGACCCAGCACCGCCCCUCGAUCCCUGCAAGUCUACCCACCAGCCCGGACUCGGCCGGCACGGCAGCCACUCCGGCCGUCACGCCGGCCGUCCUCGGCAUCGGCUACCUCGGCUUCACCUCCUUUUGCGGCAUCUACGAAGAGACUCGCUCAAGUCUAAAGCAGCUCCAGCCGUCCAGCGCGGCGCCCAUAGGAGAGAUCGGGACUACCGCCUACUGCGGGCUCGAGUGUUCUCCGCCCCUGACGGCUCAGGCGCUCGAAACAUGUCUGACUAUCCUACGCCACGUCCCGGACCGCGAGACGGGGCUCAAGCUGUUCGACAGCCACUUGAGCCCGAGCGACGGGUGGAUCCGCCUAGCGGCAAAACACAUGAUGAUAUCGCUGUACAACACGUUUCCGCAGUACUUUCCCGCCGGCGAACACGGCCGACGGCCAGAUGAUGCCCAGCUCACUGCGCUUGCACGUACUAUCUGCGGAAAUACCGCAAAGUGCUUAUCUGACGAAGAGUCCGACCCGGCCAGGUGGAUGGCGCAGUUCACCGGCACCAAUUUGCGAUGGGAGUCACUGGGCGUGAUGUUUGUGUACUUGGAGCUGGCGGCUCGUUAUCUCGGACCGUACCGGCCGGACGUCGGCUCCCGGUUUCAGUGCGUGGAUGAGGGGACGAAGGUGGUCAUGCAGUAUCGGUACUGUCUUGGUGCUUGUAUAGAGUUGACCAAGGCUGCCGGUAGUGGGGGAAACACAUUGCUCCUCUUCAUGUGUUCGAAACGCACCAUCAUCGAGUCGCUCUUCUCGGGCGAUGCUAGCUUCGCUUGCUGGCAACUCCACGCAGAGACAGUAGCCCUAUCAACAUUCCUCGGCUUCCACGACGAAGUCGCAGCGGCGCCGGGGGCAGGCUACAAACCAACCGUCUGCUCCGAGAUCAAGCGCAAACUCUUCUCCUACGUCUUCUAUGUAGACAAGGUCCUGGCCUCAUUCGCCGGCCGACCACCCCUCAUCAGCCGCCGAUACGCGCGCACACCACCGCCUCUGGACCUAAAGGACGACCACCUCCUCUCCGACGAGGCCUCGCUGGCGCGCCAUGUCGCCGCACUCGAUGAAAACGGAUGGAACACCAAGGGCGAGCUCUACUCUGCCACCAUCGUCCGGGCCCGCGUGAUGCUGGCACAUAUCCGGGACGAAAUAUUCGAGAUCGCGCUCGGACAGGGUUCCGUGACGCUGGUCGAGACGUUGUUAGAAAUCAAAGAAAGACAACUUCGGACUGUUGCUGGGUUCCCCGAUAUCAUGACCCUGAGAGAAGAAGACGUGCAGAAUAGGAAACUCGACAUCUCGUUACUGUACACCCGACUCAUCAUGAAGCUGGAACACCUCCAAAACAUGUUCUUCAUCGAGCGGCUACUCGCGAAAAGAGGCCACGAUGACGGCGCAUUGCUGUCUGUCAGCUUUGAAAUGGUUUCCAAGACCCUCAUGUUCUGGACAAACAUGGAUCGUCUAUCUUGCAUGAACGGUGACUUUGAAUGGCUCGUAAUGGCCUACGCGGCUCCCGGAGGCGGCAUCCUCUGCAUGGAACUCCUUAAACCCACCCUCCAAGGCGGCCACCACCCGCAGAACCCCCAAGUCUCCCGCUCGAGCAUUAUCCAGAAGCUGAGCCUCCUCGUCGGCUUCCUCGACUGGGUCAGCCCCACGGCGCCCAACGGCGACCUCUGCGCCGACUGCAAGGUCAUCAUCCAGCGCGUCCUCGACCAGGCGCUCAACAGCCCCGCGGCGUCGGCCUCGUCCGCCGUCGACGGCGGGUUGCCCGCCGGGGUAAUGCUCGAUGUCCCCAUGGACUGGGAUUUCUCUACGCAGCUUGAUUUCAACUUUGAUUUGCUUGAUACGUUUGAUUGGUUGCGUCCUGAGGUGUCUUCGAGUCAACAGUCGUCGUAG